CCACACAGACAAAAAACAAGGCACAUAUCUAUUUACACAAUGCUGGAAAGAAAUGGAAAGCUGAAAGAUUGCGCCUGCGCGGUUCGCGUCUCCUUCACUGUGCCCUCUCGCGCUGUGUGCAGUGCAGAAACACGGUCACGCACAUCGACACGUGACAUGUCUGAGAGAGCAAAGCAGAGUUCAAAUAAGGAGAGAAUGGAGAAGAAAGACACACAGGUGAAGGGAAGCAGUAAGCCCUGUGAACACUGUAAACCAAAGACCUGCGCAAACAUGGCCGUCCCCCCAGCAUAUGCUGACCUCGGCAAAUCUGCCAAGGAUAUCUUCAGCAAAGGCUAUGCGUUUGGAGCGAUUAAACUGGACCUGAAAACCAAGUCUCAGAAUGGAGUUGAGUUCUCCACUGGUGGCUCCACUAAUACAGAUACUGGAAAAGCGGCUGGAAAUCUGGAGACCAAGUACAAAGUGCAGGAGCUUGGCUUGAGUUUUAACCAGAAGUGGAACACAGACAACGUUCUGACCUCCGAAGUGACUUUGGAAGAUCAGCUGGCCAAGGGUUUGAAGCUGGGCCUGGACACUUCUUUCGUGCCCAACACCGGGAAGAAGGGCGCUAAGCUGAAGGCGGGUUAUAAACGUGACUACAUGAACGUGGGCAGUGAUUUAGAUUUUGACCUGGCCGGACCCACGAUCCACGCCGCAGCCGUUCUGGGUUAUGAAGGCUGGUUGGCUGGUUAUCAGUUGGCUUUUGACACGGCCAAAUCCAGACUCGUCCAGAAUAACUUUGCUUUGGGCUACAAGGCAGGAGAUUUCCAACUACAUACUAAUGUUAAUGAUGGGACAGAGUUUGGUGGCUCAAUCUACCAGAAGGUAAACAGCCAGUUGGAAACCGCCGUGAAUCUGUCGUGGACCGCCGGCAGCAACAACACGCGUUUCGGCAUCGCUGCUAAAUACCAGCUGGACAAAGAUUCCUCCGUCUCUGCCAAAGUAAACAACGCUAGUCUGGUUGGAGUAGGUUACACACAGACCCUGCGGCCAGGUGUGAAACUCACUCUGUCUGCUCUGAUCGAUGGUAAAAACUUUAAUGCCGGUGGGCACAAGGUGGGCAUGGGCUUCGAGCUUGAUGUGUAAAGAUGAAGAUGAGAACCAGAGAAGACGACAGAAAGCUAACAGCACGAAUUUAGCAUUAGCAAAAUUUCCCCCAUAAUUCCUCCUUAACAAACAGACCUUAAAAUUAAAAACCUUGUAGCCCCCCGUCCAGUAAGAAAUGGUUCUGGCUACUACACCAAUCUGCCAAAACAGCAUCUGUUCUCUGUGUAACAUCACCAUGGCAACAAAUCUCUCUGCAUCUUCAGUGGAGUCUGUACUGAGUUAUUAAUGAUGCGUAUAGGAUUUAAAAUUACAUAUCAUUUGUUUGUAAUGGACAUUAUCUCAAGCAUUACUCAGAUUAUGAUGUUGUUUCUGAUGUCAUGUUGUUUCAGUUAAGGUUGCAAACAAGUUCACAUUUAAUGAGAAAUAAGAAAGACGUCUCUGAAUUUCAAAGGCCUGUCACUCACCGUUACACCAUUAUGUUCAUUGCCAAACAUACUGUAUUGUUUUAUUAUUUAAGUUUCUUAUCUAUGUUUUGUGGGCUGGAGAUAUCGGACCGUUCACGACCUUCUCUGCAGUUUUAUUUCUUCACAGAAAGUCCUGGUUUAUGUUACAAAUGGAGAAGUAGAAGUCUGUGUGUUGUGGAACUAAAUAAAGAAGAUUGUUGACGAAA